AUAUCAGUAGGUAACCUGAUAAUAAGCGCUUGGUCAUGAGAAUUUAAAAAUUGGUUUAAUAAAAAUUAUUUGAUUUGUAUAGCUGUUCAAAUUUUUUAUUAAAGGUCACAUGUACGAAAAAUCAUAUAUGAAUGAAAAAUAUAGUUUUAGAAUGUUAAUGAAUCAUAAACUGAGCAGCGAAACUAUUUUAAAUUUAAUUAUAUGACCAGCAAAAUGAAUAAAUUAGUAAAACUUGAUUUUCCCAGAGGAUCAGGUCGGUCUAUAUUAGCUUGGCAGAAAGGUAAUGGAACAUAUAUAGCUAUAGCUGGUACUGAUCAAUUUGUAGGCAUAUAUAACCGUAAUGGAAAACUUAUAGAAAAAAUUAAAAUCACAGGAACUUGUUUAGACCUAGCAUGGGAUCGUGAUGGUGAUUUAUUAGGUAUUAUAUGUGAUGGUCUAAACUCAAUAGUUUUAUGGGAAGCCAACUCAUCUAAAACAGAACACAUUAAUCCUGUUUUCAAUGAUAAUUUAACUUGUAUAUUAUGGUCAAAAGUCAGCCAAACAGUUGCAGUUACUUCUGCUAAAGGAAAUUUGACUAUAUAUGAUUAUAUAACGUCUAAAAGAAUACCUGUACUUGGCAAACAUUCAAAAAGUAUCAUUUGUGGUGAGUGGAAUCGAAAUAAUAUACUAGCACUAGGAUCCAAAGAUCAAACUGUUUCCAUUAGCAAUGUUGAAGGUGAUACAUUAAAAAUUAUUACUCUUAGGGGAGAGCCUUCUAACAUAAAAUUUUCAAAAAUGAAAUCUGACAGAAAAAAAAAUUUAGAAGAAACUUUAAGUGUUUUGGUGAGUAACAAAACAUUAUAUCUAAUAGAUCUCCAAGACACGGACAAUCCUAUCGAGUUAGCCUUCAAUGUAAAAUAUGGUUCUAUUGUGACUUAUCAUUGGUAUGGAGAUGGUUAUAUCUUAAUUGGUUUUACUGAAGGUUAUUUAAUUUCAAUUUCAACCCAUCCUAAGGAAGUUGGUAAAGAACUUUAUCAAGUACAGAAUCACAAAGAACUGUUGUCUGAUGUGGGUUUAUCAAAAAUAUCAGGGAAAGUUGCUACUUCUGGAAACUACACUGUUAAAGUUAAUGAAAUUGGAAAAUUGGAGGAAACUAUUGCAGUACUACAUGUUGAAGAAAGUAGUGUAAUUGAACGAAUUUCUUGGAGUGAGGAUGGGCGGCUACUAGCUGUAAUAGCAUCAGAUGGAUGUAUUCAUCUUUACUUAGGAACAUUACCUAUGUUAUCUGCAUCAUUUAAUAGCUGUGUCGCGAUUUUAACAUCUUUAAAUCAAAUAACUGUAUUCUAUUAUCAUUUAGACAAAAAUCAAUCGCCUUAUACUAUUUCUGUUACUGCAGAAAUAGAACCUACAUUUUUAGGUAUUGGUCCUUUCCACUUAGCAGUUGGUAUGAAUAACAGAAUUUGGUAUUAUCAAAUAAAUACAAUUGAAUCCAACAAGUUAACAAUUUCAUUAAUUGGUGACCAAGAAUACUUAAAAAGUAUAAAAAACAUUAAUUUAAAUGGAGAAUAUAUAUCAGUUUUGUUUGAAGGAAAACUUCAACUCCAUACGGUUGACUCUGUGAUGUCUAAAGAAGUUGGUGACAAUGUGUCUAAAAUGUUUCCUAUAGAAAAAAAUACAACCAUAAAUAACCAUUUCUUGACAAAUGAUUUUCUAAUUUACAGUACAGAAACAGGUACUGUGCAUUUUUUUUAUUUGGAAGAUUGGACUGAAGCUUUUACAUACAAACAUCAAUGUGGUAUUGUUUCUUUGUACCCAAAUCUUGAUGGUUCAAGAUGUUUAAUAAUUGAUACAAAAAAUGAAGCUUACUUAUUUAAUGCUGUUCUUGAAGAAAUUAUAUCAGUUUUAGACUUUCCUACUUCAAUAACUAAAAUUUUCUGGGAAUGUUGGGACCUUGAAAAACAUAUAUUUGUUGGUUGUGAUGAAAAAUCAGCUUAUACUUUUAUAUAUAUCAAAGAAUCUAUCCAUGGUAGUAUUGUUCGCUAUUUAGGUUCUACAAAAUUACCUGAGAAACAAAUACCUCUUUUUCUAUCUAAAGGUGAAAUAACAUUAGAAACUUCUUCUGGUAAAUUAAACACAAUAAUAUUAAAGACACAUACAGCUGUGUUAAUACGACCCACUGCUGCAACACUCAGUCAUCCUACUGAACGAUUGGAGCAAGAUUUAGACAAACAAAUAGCUUUAUUACGUUUCAAUGAUGCUUGGAAAACUUGUCAACUUUUAAAUAAAAAUAUAUACUGGGAAAAAUUAGGAAAAAGCUGUUUGGAAUAUUUUAAUUUAGAAAUUGCUAUUCAAAUAUAUUCUCAUAUUGCUAAUGUCUCAAUGGUUUGGUCUUUAGAGCUAAUUAAAGAUAUUGAAGAUAAAAAUUUGUUUGCCGCUCAUGUAGCUAUGUAUUUAAAAGAAUUUGACAAUGCACAAAAGUUAUUUUUGGAAUCAUCAAAUCCUAUAAAAGCAUUAGAAAUGCGUCAAGAUUUAUUGCAAUGGGAUUUAGCUUUAGAUCUAGCAAAAAAAUUAGCUCCUAAACGUUUACCAUUUAUAUCAUAUAAAUAUGGACAGCAACUUGAAUUAAUUGGUAAAGCAUCUGAAGCUCUGCGACAAUAUGAACAAGGUCUUAACACUGAACUAAAUAGUGAUCUCCUAAAUCUUAGUCGUGAGGGUAUUGCCAGGUGUUUAAUAAAAACUGGUAGUUCAAAAAAAGGAAUGGCAAUAGCUUUGGAAGUAGGAACUUCAAAAAUAUUAAAUGAAUGUGCUAAAAUUUUAGAAAACUCUAAGAAAUUAAGUGAUGCUGCUGAACUAUAUGAAUCAGUAGAAAACUGGGAUCAAGCUGCUUCUUGUUAUAUCAGGUUGAAAAACUGGUCUAAAGUUGGUGAAUAUGCUUCAAGAAUCACAUCCAGAAAAAUUUAUGCACAAUAUGCAAAAGCUAUGGAAGCUAUGGGAAAUUAUAAACAAGCACAUUAUGGAUAUUCUGCAGCCCAAGAUUAUGAUAAUGUUAUUCGUUUAGAUUUAGAUAAGUUAAAUGAUCCUCAAGAUGCUAUUAAAAUUAUUCAGGAACAUCACAGUUCUGAAGGUUCUAAAAUGAUUGCCAGAUAUUUUCAAAGAAAUAAUGAAGUACUUCUUGCUAUUCGAUUUUUAACUAUGUCUCAUUGUUUCACCGAUGCAUUCAGAUUAGCUUGUGAUAAUGACCAAUUAGAGUUAUAUGGUGAUGUUUUAAUGGAUGAAGAGGAGGAAAUAGCUAUUCCAGAAUUUACUAGUCUUGCAAAAUACUUUGAUAAUCAAAAUCGUCCAGCACUAUCUGGAAAAUAUUAUUACUAUGCUAAAAACUACCAAAAAGCCAUUAAAAAUUUAAUUGAAGGUAGUAAAAUAAAUCCUGAAAAUGAAGAUAUCUUAUCAUUAGGCAUAGAAGUAGCAGCUGCUGCUAAAGAAAAUUCAAUUGAUGAACAAUUAAUACAGUUAUUAUUGGGUGAUGUUGAUGGUUUUCCUAAGAAUCCUAAGUUUUUGUUUAAACUCCAUAUGGCUAGAAAGAGAUUCCAUGAUGCUGCCAAAGUUGCCAUAAUUUUAGCAAGCAAUGAACAAAUAAAAGGAAAUUAUAGACAAGCACAUGAUGUUUUAUACAGCACUGUUUGUGAACUACGCAACAAUCAAUUAAAAGUAAGCAAUGAAAUGAUUGCAAAUUUAGCAUUACUUCAUUCUUACAUACUGGUCAGGAUACAUGUAAAGUUAGAUAACCAUUACAAAGCAGCUUUGUUACUUAUAAGAGUAUCUGAGAAUAUUGAUAAAUUUCCUUCACAUGCUGUUCAAAUUUUGACUUCAACUGUCAUUGAAUGUUAUCGAUCUAAUUUGAAAGAAAGUGCCUUUAAAUAUGCAUCUAUUUUAAUGAAAUCAAACUAUAGAAAUCAAAUAGAUGAAAAAUACCGAAAGAAAAUUGAAAGUGUCAUCAGAAAAUCACCUAGAGGAAUUAUAGACAGCAUGUUAAAUAAUAUUGAACCAUGUCCUUAUUGUGAUCAUGAACUCUCUAUUACCAAUUUAAUAUGCAUUAAUUGUAAAAGCUGCAUACCUUUUUGUAUAUCAACAGGUUGGCACAUAACCAAAGAAAAUUUGACUUUUUGUCCUAACUGUCGAUUUCCAGCCUUGUACAAUGAAUUUGUUGAAUUAUUGGAAGCUGGAGAAAAUUGUCCUAUGUGUUCUGAUACAAUAAGAAUAAAUUAUUUACAAAUUGUUGAAGAUCCAAGACCAUUUUUAUUUUCAAAUGAACAAUAAAACUAUAUAAUCAAUAUUUAUAAAUUACCAAUAUGAAUCCGUCCAAUUUUCAAAGUGAAGUACUAUUUUUAGAAUAUAUUUUGCACUUCUAUUUCUACUAGCUGAUUAUUUAUUCUUUUUAUAAAAUUAAUUUAUAAAAAUUUUAUCUAUAUUUGUUUUAUAUUGUGAAUAUACAGAAUGAUUCAUUUAUCAUU